UUCAAACUGUUAUUUUUUUUUCACGAGGGUCACGGUACACUGGCAUCGUUCCGAUAAAUAUUGGAUGAUCGGACGGAAGUGAAGGUAGACAGUACAAGAUGCUACUCAACACCAUUUGGGAGGAUUGGUCGAAAGACAGAGCGAAGGACGAACUGGAGAUUAUGGUGGAAUACGCGGAGAGAACAGAUCUCUUUUGUCGAAUGUAUUUCGGAGUCGGCAUGGUCUGUUCCGGAUGUUUUGUCCAACAAGCAUUGUCGCCAAUUAUUUUGGACAUAAUUUUACCGACCAACGAAACGCGAGAUGUGCUGUACAUUUAUCCGGCUUAUUAUUUAAUCGACGAUCGGAAGUAUCGUUCGUUUAUAAUUCUCCAUUUGACCUACGUAACUAUUAUGGCGUAUUACGUGUUUGUCGGCUGUGAUACGAGUUACGUGUGCGUCGUGCAACACGCCUGCGGACAGAUUGCAGUGGCCAGCCACCGUUUCAAGAAUGCGAUCUCAGACCUGUCUGUCGUGAAACAACUGAGCGACGUACAGGAUAAGCACUACGAAAGAGUGCGCCAUUCGAUUCAGGCGCACCAACAUGCUAUAAAUUACCUGAAAAUUAUCGAAAACUGUCACGUCACUUAUCUUUGCAUUUGCGUCGCUUUCGUGAUGGUGGCUUUCAGUGUCACGUUGUUGAAGGUUGCCUCGUACGAGGAAAUCUCUGCACCUCUCAUCAAGGACGGUGUCUUUCUUUCGAGUCAACUGAUACACAUACUUUUUUUAACGUCACAGGGACAAUUCGUACUGAAUGCAAACGAUGAAAUUGCCGAAUCAAUAUACGACGCGUCGUGGUAUAAUGCCAAUAAAGAGACGCAACUGUUGUUUGUAUUAGCACUAAGAAAUUGCUUGAGUCCUCCGAUUCUGUCAGCCGGAGGAUUACUUACCCUGAAUUUAGAAACUUUUGCCCAAAUCAUAAAAGGAUCUGUUUCAUACUUCACGGUAUUGAAAUCCUCGUGAAUCAUCACCACUCUGUGGAAGACGUUUACCGAACGAACAAACGUUGAUAGGCAAA